AUGGAUAAGCCAGCAGGUGUGCUGAUGUUCCUCCUGGUCAUCCUUAAGGUGUUGGGAACUGCAGAAGCUGACUGUAGCUCAACUUGUUCAGCCACUUCAUGUACCUGCACCGGUCAGGACCUCACCAGUGUUCCUCAGGACCUGCCGACAACCAUCACAUGGCUGGAUUUGAGAAGAAAUCAAAUCACAACGUUAAGUCAGUCUGAUUUCUCACGUUAUAGGAGCUUAGAGGAUUUACGUCUUGAUUAUAAUAGCAUUUCUACUAUCAACAGCCAGGCAUUCUAUCACCUGUCAAACUUGACCGAAUUAUGGCUUGACAGUAACCGUAUAACAGCCCUCAGAUCUGACAUGUUCACAGGGCUGGGAAACUUGCAAUACCUUUAUCUAUUCCAUAAUAGCAUCAGUGAUAUUCAGGAUGGAACGUUUAAUUCGACACCACAACUGACAAGGCUGUACCUGUCUAAUAACAGGUUAACAAAACUCAGAGCCAACAUGUUCACAGGACUGGGGAACUUGCAGACACUUGAUCUAUACGAUAAUGAUAUCACUGUUAUUCCAGAUCAUACUUUUAAUCCAACCCCACAACUCAAAUUCUUAAACCUGAGCAACAACCACAUUCAAUCCAUUGCGUCCAACUUACUGGCAAAUCUCCUGAACCUUACAGAAGUCUCUUUAUCUGACAACAGCAUCACAGCGUUUCCAUUUGAAGACUUGCUAAACAUUCAAACAAUUGUUACUUUACACCUUGACAAAAACCAAAUGACAACCAUUCCGUCCACCGCCUACGACAUACUUUCCUCCAUCUCUGAGGUAAACAUUGACAACAACCCCUGGCAGUGUGACUGUAGGAUGGUUGAGUUCAGAUUGAAGAUGACAGGAACUUAUCCAUUUGAAAACCAGAUAAUCUGUUUUCAACCUGAUAGCGUCCAUGGUCAGAAGCUUAUCGAUAUCAGUCCUGAAGAUCUGAUGUCAUAUUGUGAAGAGCCAACCAUUGUCAGGUUUGAGCAAAGUGAAGAUAACCCAUUGAUAGAGGGAGACUCCCUUCGUUUGGUUUGUGAAGCUACAGGUAUCCCCACACCAGACAUCACAGUCACUCUCCCAUCUGGACUGAACGCUACUGUAGAUUCAGUUGGGAAGGUGACAGUUGAUGUGAAUGGUACCAUCAUGAUACGAGAUGUAACUGUUGAAGAUUCUGGUCAGUACGUCUGUACCGCAACAAAUUCUGUCGGCUUCACACGUUCCGUCUCUAUAGAUGUCUUUUACCCCAAUCCUCCUCCCACAUUCUCCCUCGGUGUUAUUGUUGGCACUGUGGGAGUCAGCUUCCCCCCAAUCCGAGACUUACGAAGACAUGCCAUCUCUUCCUAG